AUGGCGGAUCACAAGAAGCAUGAGAGCUCUGGCUCAAUGAGUUCCAUGUUGGACAAGCUCAAGUUAAGCGAUGGCCUCCACGAUGCAAAAGUUCAUCUCGUCCAUCAAAAGCACAAGAUUGGUAAACUGGCAAAUCUGUUCAACAAAAACCACAGACACGAUGAAGAACAUGAGCAGCGAUGUGAUGACAAGCGAACUUCCAUCGCCGAGCAGAACCGCUUCAAAUCUUACUUCCCAAUGCGCGCUGGCAACCACGUCAAGUGGUAUGUAGAUGGUCGAGAUUACUUCUGGGCUGUGUCCAUUGCUCUCGAGCAAGCCAAAGAAUCCAUCUAUAUCGCCGACUGGUGGCUGUCACCAGAGCUAUUCCUCCGUCGACCCCCAUACGCCGCGCAAGAAUACAGACUGGACAAAUUGAUCAAGAGAAAGGCGGAGGAAGGUGUCCAGAUUUAUGUUUGUGUCUAUAAGGAAGUUGAGCAGGCCUUGACUUGCAACUCAGCUCAUACCAAGCAUGCGUUGAGGAGACUUUGCCCCAAGGGCUCUCCUGGUCAUGGAAACAUCCAUGUUGGUCGUCAUCCCGAUCACAAUGUCUUUGAAAACUUUGGCGAUAUGACAUGGUACUGGGCACAUCACGAAAAGUUCAUUGUAAUUGACUACGAGAUCGCAUUCAUAGGAGGCCUAGAUCUAUGCUUCGGACGAUGGGAUAACCACCAGCACCCUCUGUCGGAUAUUCAUCCCACCAACGUUCAGGAUGAAAUUUGGCCAGGACAAGACUUCAAUAACAACAGAGUCAUGGACUUCCAGAAUGUGUCUUCCUGGCAAGAUAACGAGUUAAGCAAAGCAGACUACGGUCGUAUGCCGUGGCACGAUGUGGCGAUGUGUAUUCAAGGUGGGUGGGCAUCAGACGCCUCACUUCAAAACACCGAACUUCGAUCAAUUUCUAAGCUUUCUAACUUUAAAAUAGGCCCAACAGUGUAUGAUGUAGGAGAGAACUUCGUAUUGCGAUGGAAUUUCGUCAAACGUGAUAAAUAUAAGAGAGACGAGAGAUUCGACUGGUUGGUGUUGGAGAACAGGGAGAAUGAAGACGAGGACCUUAUUGGCGUACAACGCCCGAAACACCCCGUUGGAGAAUACGUUAAGCAUCCUUACACUCCUCUAAGUACUAAAAACCUUGAAAACAGAGGCACAGUCAACUGCCAGCUCGUCCGAUCAAGCGCCGACUGGAGUAGCGGUAUUCUGACCGACCACUCCAUUCAGAACGCGUAUAUUGAGAUCAUCUCCAAGGCUCAGCACUACGUUUACAUCGAGAACCAGUUCUUUAUCACUGCAACAGGCGAUCAACAGGCUCCAAUCAAGAAUACUAUUGGCCGCGCGAUUGUCGAUGCCGUUGUGAGGGCUGCGAAAGAGGGCCGCAAAUUCCGCGUCAUCGUUCUUAUUCCUGCCAUUCCUGGAUUUGCUGGAGAUCUCAGAGAGCAAGCUGCUACGGGCACGCGAGCUAUUAUGGAUUACCAGUACAAGUCUAUUUGUCGGGGUGAGCAUUCUAUCUUCGGACAAUGUCGCGCUGAGGGCGUAGACCCGGAGAAGUACAUUUUCUUCUUCAACUUGCGAUCUUAUGAUCGUCUUAAUAAAACUCCUGCUAUCAUCAAAGCUGAGAAGGAGACCGGUAUCAGCUACCAACAGGUGCAGCGUGCAGAAGCUGAGGAGAUCAUGGGCGAAGGUAUUCACGGCUCAUAUGACCCCGAGGAUAGUGAGGGCGAUGAACACAUGCGUGGCGAUAAAAAGCAGAAGGAGCUUGAUGAGGAUAUCAAGAAAACCAUGGAGGCACGAAAGAAGUUUGAAGCUGCCAUGCCCAAGAAGGAAGUUCACACAACUUCCUCUGUUGCACACCAUGCUAUGGCUGGUACUGGUGAAGGCCUAAAGGGCGAGUCUUGGUUUGAGGAGGAUCCUGAGUCAGAGAUCAAGAACUGGAUUCAGGAAGAGCUUUACAUCCACGGCAAGUUGCUGCUGGUCGAUGACAGAAUUGCCAUCUGCGGAAGCAGUAACCUUAACGAUCGAAGUCAACUGGGUGACCACGACAGUGAGCUUAGUGUUGUCAUGGAGGAUACUCGCCUCAUCCCUAGUACUAUGGAUGGAAAGCCCUUCGAAGCGGGUUAUCACGCAGCAACCCUACGUCGAUACCUUUGGCGUGAGCACAUGGGUCUCUUGCCCCCUCAACCCCAUGAUGCUUCGCAAGACAUCAACGCCAUGCCUCCGACCGUCAACCCCAACAACGAUAUCUACGACCAAGAUGAGAGCUACAAGUUUGUUGAAGAUCCUCUCAGCGAUGAACUCUGGGAGAAGUGGACAAGCCAGGCAGACAAGAACACCGAGCUAUUCCGCCACUUAUUCCACGCCGAUCCAGAUGACCAUAUCAGGACUUUCGACGAUUAUGAUCGAUAUCUUCCUCCACGCGGUGUCAAAGCUGGCCAUAUCUUUGACCAGUUCAUGCCUCCCGAAGACGCCAGAGAGAAGCUGUCGCAAAUCAAGGGCCAUUUGGUUUGGUUCCCCUUGCACUUCCUUGAAGAUGCUGAGAUGGCGGAAUGGGGAUUGCAGGUCAAUUCUGUGACUGAGUCUAUUUACACGUAA